CGAUCUGUUGGAGGGCUUCAGUAAGUUGCACCCAUUCGAUCCCGACGGACCUCCGGUGCAAACAUUGGAGAGUGAAGGAUCGUCGUCUCGCGAACAGGGGAAUAGUUGUUUUUAUCGACGUUGUUUUUGGGUGGCUCCACGGACAGGCACACCAGCCCACCCCUCCCAGCAUGAAUCCGGAUGCGUGUGAUCCGCUCGCCCAUACGAGCAUGUAUCAGCGGGCGGAAGAAGACAGUGACGACAGCGACGGUGAGGGAGGACUUGGAAAUGUGAGCCGUGUAAUCGUUCGACCUCCAGGACACAGUGGCAAAGCGAAACGGGGCCACCUGUGCUUCGAUGCGGCGUUCGAAACGGGCAACCUCGGGCGGGUCGACCUAGUAGGCGAGUUCGAGUACGAUCUGUUCCUUCGGCCGGACACGUGCAAUCCGCGGUACCGCUUCUGGUUCAACUUCACCGUGGACAACGUGAAGCAGGACCAGCGCGUCAUCUUCAACAUCGUCAACAUGAACAAGAGCCGCAACCUGUUCAAGGACGGCAUGACGCCGCUGGUAAAGUCGACCAGCCGGCCCAAGUGGCAGCGGCUGCCCCGGUGUGAGGUAUUCUACUACAAGUCGCCCGUGCACCAGAACCACUACGUGCUGAGCUUCGCGUUCGGGUUCGACAAGGAGGACGAGGUGUACCAGUUCGCGCUUACCUUUCCCUACUCCUACUCCAAGAUGCAGGCGUACCUGAACGCGGUCGAGCUGAAGUUUCCGGAAGCGUUCGAGCGGUCCUCGCUCGGCAUGAGCAUCCAAAAUCGCAAACUCGAGCUGAUCACGUUCGACGACGUGAAGAAACCGGACAAGAUGGACCCGAAGAACGUGAUCCACAUGGUCGUCAUACUGGCGCGCAUACAUCCGGGCGAGUCGCCCGCCUCGUACGUGGUGCAGGGGCUGAUCGAGUUUCUGGCCGCCGCCAACCAGCCCAUCUCGAAGGCGCUGCGCGAGCACGUGGUGUUCAAGAUCGUGCCGAUGCUCAACCCGGACGGCGUGUUCCUCGGCAACAACCGGUGCAACGUGAUCGGGCACGAUCUGAACCGCUCGUGGAACCGGCUGUCCCAGUACACGCACCCAACCCUAUCGGCUGUGAUGAAGAUGUUGAAGGAGUACGACAAUUCCAGUUGCUAUCAGGUGGACUUUGUGAUCGAUCUGCACGCCCACUCCAGCCUGACCGGGACGUUCAUCUACGGCAGCACGUACGACAACGUGUACCGGUACGAGCGGCAUCUCGUCUUCCCGAAGCUGUUUGCGACCAAGUGCGAGGACUUCUGCCAGGAGCACAUGAUGUUCAACGCGGACGACCGGAAGUCGGGCACGGCGCGGCGCUACUUUGUCGAGGCGCUCAGCGACAACGUCAACACGUACACGCUGGAGGUGUCGAUGUGCGGCUACUUCCUGAACGGGACCAACAUUCUCACCCAGUACACGGAGGAUGGGUACAUGCGAAUCGGAAGAAACCUCGCCCGCACGUUUCUGGAGUAUUACCGGUUUACCAACAUUCUGCCCAUCCCGCCCGUCGACGAGCUGCGGCCGCGCAAGGGCCGUCCACGGACGCACCGCCCGCGGGCACGGUCGAAAACGCGCAGCGAGGUGCGGGUGCGCCCCAAGACGACCCGCGCGUACGCACCGAUCAGCUACACGGACCUGUCCAUCUGCUACGACAGUGCCACCUCGGAGGAUGGGUCGCCGGUGCGGUACAUGUACGGCCAUCCGGGGCACGGCGGCGGUGGUGGUGGACUGCGGAUGCGGCCCCACAUCCACCAGGACCAGUUUUCGCUGUCCAACAUACAGGCGGCCCGGUUCAGCAAUCUCGACUUUUCCAGCGACUUUCGGCUGAAGGUGGGCAGCAGGGGCAAGGGCCAGGCGGGGUCGACCGCGGCAGAAUCGAAGAUGCCACCGAUCGAGAUGCUGAGCGUGCCGCCGAAACCGCACCUCACGAUCAUCGACUUUAACCAGCUGACGCGCGGCGGCCUGGAGGAGGCCACGGCCGGCAAGACGCUCGAGCGGGAGAAGGAAAAGAUCCGCCGGCACACGGUCAAAUCGUCCUCGCGCAAGGCCUAGACCUCGGUGCUAAAACGUGUAGCAAUUUUCUAUUUCCAACUUCUCCACGGUAGACUUAAUAAAGCUAGUGAACGAUUCGGUA